AUGCAGCUCUGGAGUUUGCUGCUGCCUCUUGCGCUUCUCUGUACAGCCCUAGCCAGUGGACCCGAAUGUGGGAUGGACGAGCGCUCCCGCAGGGCACGAAGGGACACCAGGCACAGCCGCCAGCUCCUCCACACUGCCCCGGGCACCUGUGCCACCAGGUUAGCCCGAGGAAGGCGCUCCACUGCUGGGCUGGAGCCUGGGCAUGUCCCCCGCAGGAGGCAACAGCGGGAGGUAAAGGACGAAGAGGAGUCCCUUACCCCGAGCAGGGCGCUCUAUUUCAGUGGCCAAGGUGAUCAGCUGCGGCUCAAGGCAGACGUAGAGCUGCCCCGAGAUGCCUUCACUUUGCAAGUGUGGCUGAAAGCCGAAGGCGGACAGAGAUCUCCGGCUGUCAUUGCAGGACUGUAUGACAAAUGUUCUUACACCUCCCGUGACCGAGGCUGGGUCCUGGGGAUUAACACCGUCAGUGACCAGGGGAACAGAGACCCCCGCUAUUUCUUCUCGCUGAAGACAGACCGUGCUCGCAAAGUCACCACCAUUGCAGCACAUCGCAGCUACCUCCCCAACCAGUGGGUGCAUCUGGCUGCCACCUACGACGGGCGCCUGAUGAGACUCUACGUGAACGGUGCCCAGGUGGCCACAAGCGGAGAGCAAGUGGGCAGCAUCUUCAGUCUGCUGACCUUGAAGUGCAAGGUGCUCAUGCUGGGAGGAAAUGCCCUGAACCAGAACUAUCGGGGUUACGUGGAGCACUUCAGCCUCUGGAGGACAGCCCGGUCUCAAAAGGAGAUCUUGUUGGACAUGGAGCAGGCGAGUCACAGGCAAGACACGUCCCUACCUCAGCUCGUUCUUCAAGACAGUUUACUGAAUGUGAAAAGCACCUGGUCUCCCAUGAAGGAUGGCAGCAGCCCUCAGACCAAGUUCAGCUACCACCACGGCUAUUUGCUGGACACCAGCCUGGACCCUCCUCUCUGCGGGCAGACGGUGUGCGACAACACGGACGUCAUCGCCAGCUACAACAAACUGCCCAGGUUCCGCCGCAACAAAACCGUGCGCUACCGUGUGGUGAAUCUGUACGACGACAAACAUCAGAACCCCACUGUCAGCCAGCAGCAGAUCGAGUUCCAGCAUCAGCACCUCAACGAGGCUUUCAGCCGCUACAACAUCACCUGGGAGCUGGAGGUGCUGGAGGUGAGGAACUCUUCCCUUCGCCACCGGCUCAUCCUGGCCAACUGCGACAUCAGCAAGAUUGGGGAUGAGAACUGUGACCCCGAGUGCAACCACACGCUGACGGGGUACGAUGGCGGGGACUGCCGGCACGUCCGCCACACGCUCUUCAACAAGAAGAAGCAGAACGGGGUGUGUGACAUGGAUUGUAAUUACGAGAGGUACAACUUCGAUGGGGGGGAGUGCUGCAACCCAGAGAUAACAGAAGUCACCAAGACCUGCUUUGACCCAUAUUCUCCUUACAGGGCAUACUUGGAUGUCAAUGAACUUAAGAACAUACUUAAACUGGAUGGAUCCACACACCUCAACAUCUUUUUUGCCAAUUCCUCUGAGGAAGAGCUGGCUGGAGUGGCAACUUGGCCCUGGGACAAAGAAGCCUUGAUGCAUCUAGGUGGCAUCGUGCUGAAUCCCUCCUUCUAUGGAAUCCCUGGCCACACACACACCAUGAUCCACGAAAUUGGGCACAGCCUGGGGCUCUACCACGUCUUCCGAGGCAUCUCCGAGAUCCUGUCCUGCAGCGACCCGUGCAUGGAAACAGAGCCCUCCUUCGAGACUGGGGACCUGUGCAGUGACACCAACCCUGCCCCUAAGCACAAGCUGUGUGGGGACCCUGGGCCUGGCAAUGACACCUGUGGCUUCCACAGUUUCCUGAACACCCCCUUCAGUAACUUCAUGAGUUAUGCAGAUGAUGACUGCACCGACUCCUUCACGCCCAACCAGGUGGCCAGGAUGCACUGCUACCUGGACCUCGUCUACCAGAGCUGGCAGCCCACCAAGAAACCGGCUCCCGUCGCAAUUGCCCCGCAGAUUGUGGCUCGCACCUCCGCCUCUGUCACCCUGGAGUGGUUUCCACCCAUCGAUGGCCACUUCUUUGAAAGAGAAGUGGGAUCAGCAUGUGAUCUGUGUGCAGAAGGAAGAGUCCUGGUGCAAUAUGCCUUCAGUGCCUCUUCUCCCAUGCCCUGCGACCCCUCGGGGCACUGGAGCCCACGGGAGGCAGAAGGUCACCCUGAUGUUGAGCAGCCCUGCAAAUCCAGUGUCAGGACGUGGAGUCCCAAUUCAGCCGUAAACCAACACACGGUUCCCCCAGCCUGCCCUGAGCCCCAGGGCUGCUACCUGCAGCUGGAAUUUCGCUAUCCCCUGACUCCAGAGUCCCUCACGGUCUGGGUGACAUUUGUUUCCCCGGACUGGGACUCCAGUGGAGCAGUGAAUGACAUCAAGCUGCUCACCGUCAGCGGGAAGAACAUUUCGCUCGGGCCGCAGAACGUCUUCUGUGACAUCCCCCUGACCAUAAAGCUGGACGUGGGACAAGUGGGAGAGGAGGUGUAUGGGAUCCAGAUCUACACCUUGGAUGAGCACCUGGAAAUUGACGCUGCCAUGCUGAGCUCUGUCCCCCACAGCACCCUGUGCUCAGGCUGCAAACCCAUCCAGUACAAAGUGGUCCGGGACCCCCCUUUCCCGUCUGGAUCUCCAGUGGUCAUCUCAAACCUCAGCAGGAGAUUUGUUGACACGGAGCUGAGCGACAGAACCACGUACAGAUACCAGGUGGUCAUUGUGUCCGGGAUGGAGGAGAGCGAGCCAUCCCCCACCCUCAUUUAUAUCUCUGGGAGUGGAUACUGUGGAGAUGGGAUUAUCCAAAUAGAACUGGGGGAAGAGUGUGAUGACAUGAACAAGAUAAACGGUGAUGGCUGUUCCCUGUUCUGCCUGCAGGAGCUGUCCUUUAAUUGCAUCGAUGAACCCAGCAGGUGCUAUUUCCACGAUGGAGAUGGAGUCUGUGAGGAAUUUGAGCAAAUGACCAGCAUCAAAGACUGCGGCGUUUACACUCCCAAAGGCUUCCUGGAUCAGUGGGCUUCCAACGUCUCUGUCUCACACCACAGUGACCAGCAGUGCCCAGGGUGGGUGGUCAUUGGUCAGCCAGCAGCAACCCAGAUGUGUCGAACCAAGGUGAUCGACUUGAAUGAUGGUGUCUCCCAGUACGCCUGGUAUCCCUGCACAGCCAACUUCCAGUACUCCCACAUGACACAGACCACUUUCUGGCUGAAGGCUUAUUUUUCCCAGCCUAUGGUGGCAGCAGCAGUCCUUGUUCACUUGGUCACUGAUGGGACCUACUACCUGGACCAGAAGCAGGAGACCAUCGGUGUGCAGCUGUUUGACACCAAAGAGCAAAGCCAUGAUCUUGGUGUCCACGUCCUGAGCUGCAGGAACAAUCCCCUGAUUAUCCCCGUCAUCCAUGACCUCAGUCACCCUUUUUAUCACACCCAGGCUGUCCUCAUUAGCUUCAGCUCCCAGUUUGUGGCCAUCUCCGGGGUGGCCCUGCGUUCCUUCCACAACUUCGACCCCAUCACCAUCAGCAGCUGCCAGCAAGGACAGACCUACAGCCCUGCGGAGCAGAGCUGUGUCCACUACUCCUGCGAAUCCACCGAGUGCCAGAGGCUGGAGAUUGAGAACGCGGUGCUGAACUGCACCGGCGGCACCAGCUGGGACAACGGCGCCCAGUGCAACGUCAGCUGCAGGACUGGCUACGUCCUGCAGAUCCACAGAGAUGAUGAGCUCGUCAAGAGCCAGACGGAGUCUAGCGUCACCAUGACUUGCAUGGAUGGGAAGUGGAACAAGCAGGUGACGUGUGAGCCCGUGGACUGUGGUGUCCCAGACCAGUACCACGUGUACCCAGCCACCUUCAACUGCAGCGAGGGGACCACCUUUGGCAAGAAAUGCUCCUUCACUUGCCGACCUCCUGCUCUGCUGAAAGGAAACAACAGCAACUUGACCUGCAUGGAGGACGGGCUGUGGUCCUUUCCUGAAGCCCUGUGUGAGCUGAUGUGUCGAGCACCCUCCAUCGUCCCCAACGCGGAUCUCCAGACCUCUCGCUGCCGAGAAGACAAGCACAAAGUGGGCUCAUUCUGCAAGUACAAAUGCAAACCAGGUUACCACGUCCCUGGAUCCUCCAGGAAAUCAAGAAAGCGAGCCUUUAAGAUCCAGUGCACUCAAGAUGGCACGUGGCUGCCAGGCGCCUGUGUGCCCGUCACCUGUGACCCUCCACCUUCCAAGUUCCACGGGCUCUACCAGUGCUCCAACGGCUUCCAGUUCAACAGCGAGUGCCGAAUCAAGUGUGAGGAUGAUGACAGCCAGUCGGGCCGUGGGAGCAACGUGAUCCACUGCCGGAAAGAUGGCACCUGGAGCGGGUCCUUCCACCUGUGCAGGGAGAUGCAGGGACAGUGUGCUCUGCCCACCCAGCUCAACAGCCACCUGAAGCUGCAGUGCGCUGGUGGCUACGGCAUAGGCACAGAGUGUACCACCUCCUGUCUGGAUCACAGUCACGAGCCCAUCCUCCUGCGUGUGAACGAGACCGUGCAAGACAUCCAGCACUGGAUGAACCCUCAGAGAGUGAAGAGUGUUGUCUGCACGGCAGGACUCAAGUGGUACCCUCACCCUUCCCUGAUUCAUUGUGUUAAAGGCUGUGAGCCUUUCAUGGGGGACAACUACUGUGACUCCAUCAACAACAGAGCUUUCUGCAACUAUGAUGGUGGGGACUGCUGCGCCUCAACAGUCAAGACCAAAAAGGUGACACCAUUUCCUAUGUCCUGUGACCUACAAGGAGAGUGUGCUUGCAGGGACCCCAAUGCCCAAGAGCACAACCAGAAAGAUCUCCGUGGCUUCAGUCUUGGGUAA